GGGCUUGAGCUGAGGUGAAUCCAGAGGGGCCGGACCGGGUCGGGCCAGACCGAGGGGUGCUUUUGCGCGCAGAGAGAUAGCGGGAACAGGACCUGGUCCCUGGAGAGGCGAGCGGGAGAGGCAGCAGUGUUUCUUGUUAAGAUUGGAGGAAAGACAGCCUUCUCAGAGAGCCUGGCUGGAGACAGGUGUGAGACUUGAAGCCUCUGUGAUCAUCCAGGAAGCUGCAAUGGCAGCUGAAGUGCCAGCAGUGAGCACUCCCCUCAGCCCUUUGGCUCAGGUGCCUCAAGAAGAAGAUGAACAGGCAGAGGUUACCACUAUGAUCCUGGAGGAUGAUUCGUGGGUACAGGAAGCAGUGCUGCAGGAGGAUGGCCCCGAGUCUGAGCCCUUUCCCCAGAGUACUGGAAAAGGCAGCCCUCAAGAGGAGGGUACAGCUGAGGGACCUCGGGGUGCGCUUGUCCGAUUUCGGGAGCUCUGUCGGCGCUGGCUGAGGCCAGAGGUGCACACUAAGGAACAGAUGCUGACUGUGCUUCCAAGAGAGAUUCAGGCCUGGCUGCAAGAACAUCGUCCUGAGAGCAGCGAGGAGGCAGUGGCCCUGGUGGAAGACUUGACCCAGACUUUUCCGCACAAUGAUUUUGAGAUACAGAGUGAGAAUGGGGAGAACUCAAAUCAAGACGUGUUUGAGGAUGUGGAAUCACACGAGACGUUCUUGAAAAUCCCUGGAGGGGAGGGUGGUCAGCAGUCGGAUGGGGAGAGUGACUUUGAGAGAGACUGUGGCUCAGGAGGCGCCCAGGGAAAUGUCCCAGGUGAGGAGCACAGGGACCUGCCAUCGGAAGGAAGGGAAGUUGGCCAGCUAAUAGGCCUUCAGGGCACCUACCUGGGUGAGAAGCCUUAUGAGUGUCCCCAGUGUGGGAAAACUUUCAGCCGGAAGUCCCACCUCAUCACCCAUGAACGGACGCACACAGGAGAGAAGUACUACAAAUGUGAGGAGUGUGGGAAGAGCUUUAGUGACGGCUCGAACUUCAGUAGACACCAAACGACUCACACCGGAGAGAAACCGUACAAAUGCCGGGACUGUGGGAAGAGCUUUAGCCGGAGCGCGAACCUUAUCACGCACCAGAGGAUCCACACAGGCGAGAAGCCUUUCCAGUGUGCCGAGUGUGGCAAGAGCUUCAGCCGGAGCCCCAACCUCAUCGCUCAUCAGCGCACGCACACAGGUGAAAAACCGUACUCAUGCCCUGAGUGUGGGAAGAGCUUUGGCAACCGAUCCAGCCUUAAUACUCACCAGGGAAUUCACACUGGAGAAAAACCCUAUGCGUGUAAGGAAUGUGGCGAAAGCUUCAGUUACAACUCCAACCUGAUCAGACACCAGAGGAUCCACACGGGAGAGAAACCAUACAAAUGUACCGAGUGCGGACAGAAGUUCAGCCAGAGCUCAGCGCUCAUUACCCACCGAAGAACACACACGGGGGAGAAGCCGUAUCAGUGCAGCGAGUGCGGCAAAAGCUUCAGCCGCAGCUCCAAUCUGGCCACUCACCGGCGAACCCACCUGGUGGAGAAGCCCUACAAGUGUGGGGUGUGUGGCAAGAGCUUCAGCCAGAGCUCCAGCCUGAUCGCACACCAGGGCAUGCACACGGGGGAGAAGCCCUAUGAGUGCCUUACGUGCGGAGAGAGCUUCAGCUGGAGCUCCAACCUCAUCAAGCACCAGAGGAUCCACACCGGGGAGAAGCCAUACAAAUGCGGCGACUGUGGGAAAUGCUUCAGCCAGCGCUCGCAGCUGGUAGUGCACCAGCGGACUCACACGGGGGAGAAGCCCUACCAGUGCCUCAUGUGUGGGAAGAGCUUCAGCCGGGGUUCCAUUCUGGUAAUGCACCAGCGCGCGCACUUGGGAGAGAAGCCUUACAGGUGCCCCGAGUGUGGGAAAGGCUUCAGUUGGAACUCAGUUCUCAUCAUACACCAGCGGAUUCAUACGGGAGAGAAGCCCUACAAGUGCCCCGAGUGUGGCAAAGGCUUCAGCAAUAGCUCCAACUUUAUCACGCACCAGAGGACUCACCUGAAAGAGAAACUUUACUGAAGCGGCUGUAGAGAGAAGGGAAGUGCGGAGCCGAGCUGACUCUGAAGGGAGAAUUCCCACAGUGCCCCCCCCCCAAUGUUGUCCCUUUCAAAGAACCAGUUUUCCUAAAUACUCUUUGUGAGUUUUUGCCAGAA